CGUGUCCGCUACCUCGAGCGGGUGAAGGCGUUUGUGAUUUUGGUGAUUUUGCUCUGUAUCGAACAGUCGGCUAGAAUGAUGCAGCGACCGUAACAGGGUGAAAUCCGUUUUUUUAUUUGGUUCGCACAUCUACAUAGUUUGUCUGUGUAAGGUGUGUAUUGUGCCAUUCAAGUAGUCUUAGCUACAGAUUGUGAUUGAAUGGUAUUCAAAAGAGUUGAGGGACCCAAUUCCUUCGCAGUGAAUGGUGUGUUGGUUAAAGUUAGCGGAAGAAAAUCUGACCAACGAAAGCAUGUCUUAGAGUGGUGGCGCCAACAGAUGACAGUAUGUUAAUUUUCGUCCGGCAAAGUGUGUGUGACUUGUGCUGCGUUUGAUAACGUAUUCAACGGGUUUGAAUGAUGAGUUGACAGUGUGGAUAACCUAGCAGUGCUUGGCAGUGAUGUUUUAGUGUUUUAGUUGGUCGCAGAUGGCGCGAAAUGGUUUAGCAUGAUUGACAGCGAUAAUGAAAGUGGCAGCGAAAAUCUGGGCUGUAGUGGUGCUUGUUUGCUAAAGCAGCUACAGUUUGUUUUGUGGCCGGUGUUGGUGUUUGCUGGGAGUUGUGCCCGGGAGCGUACGUCGCUUGUUUAAUAAACUACCAGGCUGCUCCAUUUUGUGCUGAUCCUAUGGAUAGCGAGGUCACCACAUGUUGUUCAAGUUCUUGCUUAAAUUACGCCGAGUAAUCCAUUAAUCAUCUUCGACACCUAUCUACUAUCUAACCAGGAGCUUGAGUAAAAUCAAUUUGUUACAUAUUUCAAUGAUCCCUUCUCGUUGGCUUAUUGAGAACCGUUGGGCUCCCUUUACGCACGGAGGAAGCGAUACUUUAUUCGCUUUGAACCCACUGGACGACAGUGAACUUCCUCAAAGCAUAAUAAAUCAUCCUUCUUUGAAAGGUUUUCAUUAGAUGUUUAUAUCACUGGAUGAAAAAAGAGCGAGAUGUAAUACUCUUAUAUAUGCUUCGUAUUGAUACUUAUCCCAAAAUAACUGAAGGCUAAAGUUAUAGGAAUAAAGCUCAAAGUUAUAAUUAAAUUCAAACAGUUAAAGAAUUUUCCGUGUACCCAUUCUACCAAAAACUACUCCACGAAACACAACUGAUGCUAAAUAAUACUAAGAAGAAAUGUAGAGAAACAUCGAUAUUCUUUCCCAUUAACAUAACAGAGUUGCCAUGUUGCGCACCGAGAAGUUAUUUAAAAUAUAAACGGUUUCUGCCCGAAGGCAAGGGAAGCUUUAUGACUACCAGCAGUAGAAUCAUAAGGAAAGAUGAUACCGGUGCCUUGUUUUCCGCGAAACGAACUUAUGUGAGAAAUUCACACCCAUGUGCGGACGCCUUUCCAUUAUCAGAACUUGCUUUUAUCCACCGUUCCGAUUGAAUGGUGCAUUGAGCGCCUAAAUUCAAGGCAGAAUCUCCAUCUAACUAAAGAUCGGACGAGAUAUGCGUUCCAUUUGUGGAUAAAAUUUAUGCUAAUUUGGGAACCACCCAGCUAUUUUGCCGGCAAUCAGAACCUGUGCCGCACGAAUGAAUGUACCUGGGAAAAGAAGUUAAAUACAAACAUAAGCAAAAUGGUUCAAGAGUUUCCCCGUCGCUUGUCACGAAUGAUACGGGGUAAACAGAGAGAUAAAAAUAACCACUCCCGAGUGAAGGGAUCUGGUUGUGAAAAUAUUGUCUGUGCGACAUUGACCUAGAACAUGGCGACACGUUUUUUUUUGGUGAAUAAAAUACUGUUUGCUGAAUUGUGUGUUGGAGAGGAUGUUAUAGGUGUAAUUGAGUAUAAUAUGUGCAUUGUCUACGUAUUAGGAAAGAAGAAUAUUAUCGCGUUCAUCCGGCUGGUAGAAUGAUUUUUCUUUUAAUAUUCGUUCUUCAGCUUAUCGUAGCUUAGAUAGGAUUUUGCCAAAAGGGAGAGUUCAAUUGUUUGUAAUGUAAAUAAUGUAUGCUUUUCUCGUAAAACAACAAUGGUUUAGCCGAAUGUCCUACGCUGGAGGAAAUGUAUUUUUGAAAACCUUUCAUUUGUGCGGGUGAAUACGGAACCCAUCUUUAUAUAGAUUUUCUCGGAACGUGUGCUGAAAGAUCUGCAACGGUGGAACCAUGUACGGAAUGCUACUGGAGAGUGUUCAACAUUUUGUACAGUUGGAGUAUGGAGAAUUCGUUUGGCGUCAGGCCCUACUCACAACGGGAUGCAAAAAUACAGUAUUCAACACACACCAGCUUUAUCCGGAUAAUUUGAUACCUGACCUUGCAGCAGCACUUUCGGCUAUAACAGGAAAACCGUUCGAUGAGUUUAUGAUAUUUUUCGGACGUUGUUUCGUUCGAUUCUUUAGUAAUUUCGGUUACGAUGAGUUGAUCAAGGCAACAGGUCGCUAUUUCUGCGAUUUUCUACAUUCAGUGGAUAACAUUCACCUGCAGAUGCGCUUCACUUAUCGCAAGAUGAAAAGCCCAUCUAUGCAGCUGACGGAAGUGGAUGAAAAUGGUGCCGUACUGGUGUACAGAAGCACACGGACCGGAUUCUCGAAGUAUCUUCGAGGGCAGCUUUUGGAAAUAGCCAAGCAGUUGUACGGAAUGGACGUCAGCAUCAAGGUACUGGAAAGCCAGAACGAUACUCCUGGUGGUACAUCGGGACCAAUUGCACCACAAGGCGGCUUGAAGACGGUUAUCGUGAAGUAUCGGUUGGAUUUUGACAAUCGUGAAUAUAUGCAGCGGCGUGUUCAUAUCAAAGCACAUCCAUCACAGCUACAGUUGACACCGGUGAACAGUAAACUGUUGCUGAAUUUAUUCCCAUUCGCUAUAAUCCUGAACGAGGAAAUGAAAAUUACUGCCGUGGGCGAGAAACUCAUCGAGUCAUGGAUGCUGAACAAUGUGAAUCGAUCACCUACGGAACUGCUCGGGGCAAAAGUAACUGAUCAUUUCAAACUUCGUCGUCCGAGCGGUAUAACGUUCACCUGGGAAAAUAUUAAACGGCUGCAAACUGUUUUAUUUGAGAUACAGCUCCUGAAAGGCUCUUCUGCAAAAGGCACAAAAGACGAGUCGAAAAUAGUCGAUACUAAAACAUCAUUAUCGCAGGUGGAUACGAGCUCCUCGACAGAAGAUGCGGCAAAGAUAAUGACCUCCAUUCCACGGCGGGGCUCUCAAGGGCUUCGCAGCAUUUUGUUGAAAGGUGAAAUGCGUUACAUCAAAGACAUAAAUUCCCUUGUAUUUCUAUGCAGUCCCCUCAUCAACAACUUGGAAGAAUUACGUGAAAUGGGACUGUACCUAAACGAUCUCAACCCUCACGGGCUUAGCCGCGAGAUGGUGUUUUCUGGAUUUUCACACUAUUCCCGGCUCGAUUUGAUGUGUGAACGCGAGGAACAACGGGCUGAGGAACUAGAAACAUCGCUUGCCCUCGCUGACUCCUGGAAACGGCAAGGUGAUGAGCUGCUGUACUCAAUGAUUCCUCGCUCGAUAGCCGAACGGUUGCGUGAGGGUCAGAAUCCUCACGAGACCUGUCAGAGCUUCGAAGAGGUGACAGUACUAUUCGCCGAGGUACAGGAAACGAUCACUGGUGAUGAUUCGAUCAAGUACGCCAUGACCACGGUAAACACAUUGAACGCUGCUUUUAGUGCGUUUGAUGAGUUGAUCCAUUCACCGAUGGCCUAUAAAGUGGAGACCGUUGGAAAGGUGUACAUGGCGGUGAGUGGAGCUCCGGACAUAAAUCCAUUUCAUGCGCAGCACAUGGCUGAUCUGGCAUUAGAUAUGCUACACAGUAUACGGCAGCUUAAUCUACCUGGAGUAGGAGUCAAAAUAGGCUUUCACUCUGGGCCAAUAGUGGCCGGUAUCGUGGGAUUGAAGGUACCGAGGUAUUGUCUUUUCGGUGACACGGUAAAUACAGCUUCGCGGAUGGAAAGUAGCGGAGAGACGGAUUGCAUCCAGGUGUCUGGAUACACUGCACAAAAGCUCAAAAAGCUUGGAUAUGUACUGGCGUAUCGUGGAAAGGUAGCCGUCAAGGGUAAAGGAGACAUGGAGACGUUCUGGCUACAAGGACCGCCGCAAAAAAAGAAAUAAGAAUGUAGUGUGGACCAGGUCGUGCCUUUUGCAGCGAGUAUUGUAGAAUGUUCUUCAAAAGAAACUGUGGAUUGUUUUAACGAAGCGUCUUAGUAUAGUGGUAUAUUUAUUGUUACGUGUAAUUUCACCAAGACACUUUAGAGUUUAACAGGCUAUAUGCGACCACACAAAUAAAUGCAACGAUUCAUGAUCUUCAAA